AUGAAGAAGUCUGAAGAUGUCCGUGUUACUGCUGCCCUUGCCGUCGAUGACACGGCGUCGACAGAAUCUAGAGAGUCAGUUACAGAUAAUGCGCGCCUUGCUCAGUUGGGUUACAAGAGCGAAUUCAAGAGAGAGUUUUCAAUGAUCGAGACAGUCGCCUUUUCCUUCUCAAUCAUGGCCGUUAUACCAGGCAUAUCCUCAGCACUGACAAUCUCGUUGGUCUCAGGUGGACAUGUCGGCCUUGUAUGGGGCUGGUUCAUCCCUUGUUGGUUUGUGAUGUGCGUGGCUGCAUGUAUGGCAGAGCUGGCGUCGUCCAUGCCAACGAGUGCAGGGUUGUACUAUUUCUCAGCAAAACUUGCACCUCCCAGAUAUGCGGCAUUAGCGAGCUGGAUCACUGGCUGGGCAAACAUUACCGGUCAGGUAACCUUGGUCUGUUCGAUCGAUUAUACUAUAGCAGAGAUGAUCUCGACCGCUGUUUCUAUCGGGACCGACGGAUCGAUCAAUUUGGGGCCGGGGCCUACAUAUGGAAUGAUGCUCGGACUACUCGUGAUGCAUGGAGUUGUAUGCUCGGCGGCGACGAAGGUUCUUGCGCGCCUCAACCUGUUCUAUGCUUUUGUCACAUUCGCUGUAACCGCGGGGGCGAUCAUAGCUCUCCUAGUCUGUCCUGGAGAGAACCGAGUGUCAGCAAAAGAUGCAUUCACAUUGUAUGAGAACCACACAGGAUGGGCUAAUGAGGGAUGGGCAUUUCUACUUGCCUUUACCGUACCCAUGUGGACGUUCACGGGCUAUGAUUCCGCUGCGCAUAUCUCUGAGGAAGUCUCCGGUGCAGCGCGAGCAGCACCAAUAGCCAUUCUCGCGUCAGUGGCCUCCGUCGGCACCCUUGGCUGGAUAAUGUGCAUCGCAGCAUCUUUCGCUAUCCCGUCGGUACCUGAUAUUCUCAACUCCGAGCUUUCUUUGCCAAUGGGUCAGGUGUAUCUGAACAUGAUAGGCAAGGAAGGCGCUCUGGUCAUCUGGUGCUUGACUAUUCUAGUUCAGUUUCUCUGUGGAGCAGCACAAGGAGUCGAUGCCUCUCGCGUUGUAUUUGCUUUUGCCCGAGACAACGCAUUGCCGGGCUCACGCUGGUGGAAACGCAUAAACCCUCGCACCCAAACGCCAGUCAACGCCGUAUGGUUGGUCAUGUUCCUCGCCGGUAUUUGUGGCUUACUCGGGUUUUCAUCUACUGCGUUGAAUUCGCUUGCGAGCGCGUCAGUUAUCGGUAUGUACACGUCGUAUGCGACCCCGAUCUUUCUACGCAUCACAUCGGGGCGGAACAAGCUCGUCCCAGGGCCGUUCACGUUGGGCAAGUGGUAUCUACCGAUAGGGUCUGUGGCUGUUGCCUGGGUUGCGUUCAUAGUUGUGCUACUGUGUUUCCCGACUGCACAGAUUGCAAAUGCGGAUACAAUGAACUAUUCGGUAGUGAUCAUCAUGGCCGUGUUUCUUUUUGCGUCGUGUUGGUGGGUUCUUUCCGCGCGGAAAUGGUUUGUGGGUCCAUUGCCAAACAUCGACGACCGGAGUGUGUUGGAAUCUAUAGAUGAUGUCAAGUUAUGA